AUGGGCUCCCCGACUCUCCAAAGCCUUCUUGAGGACGCGAUUCGCUGCAGUCUGACUCUCGAGCAACCCUUCCGGCGUCCUCAGCUGCCUCGGACUCCCCAGGAUAUUUCCAAACGACAUGGCGUUUACUUCUCAUCGCCCGUCUGCAUCUUCGACCCUGAUGCUACCAAAGCUCCAGGUGACCCAAUCCCACAGUACCUUCUCGAUGACUUGGAUGACGAAGUGAGCCCGGCGGACGACGCUCAUGUCGGAGGCGAGGACGACAGAAGUAGCAGCUGGACUUUCCAUCCCGGUCGACCUCUCCUUCGACGCAAUUCCAUCGACACUAUCCGGAGCUGUCAAUACACCCCGGCAAAGGAGUUGGUCAAGCGCUAUCGUGCAGGGAUGCCUCUGUCCCACGUGCUUUCUACUGACUCUCCGGCUUCUACUUUGGCUCACGGCUACCGCGCAAAGGACUCAAUCUCGCAGGUUCUCUCGGCCUCGGAAUCUUCUACUCUCUUCCCAUCCAGUUCAAGCGUUCCCGUCUCCCCUUCUGUGACUCUAGUUUCUAAUGCACUGGAUAAAGCAUCGAGUCGAGUGACCAGGUCUCAUUCGACUGCCGCUCACGAAGUUGAAGGGGCUACCGUCGCUUUGACAAAGCAAAGUCGGCCUUGCAUUGUUAUCGAUACCGACGUCGAUCGCGAAGUUCCUCCGCCGGUGCCCGAGAAGGACUGUCUGACCCCCCACAGCAGGCAAUCGAGGACGGAUGCCUUGUUCGAAGCGAGUGCCGAAGCCUACCAGGUCAUGCUCGCCCGAGGCGUCAGUGCGCACGAGCCGAUUGGGUGCCUUCGUCCUGGAUGUCGCGAUGUCUUACGCGACGUCGACGCGCUCGUCCACCACAUCCACAUCCACAACAUUGAUAGCGGCGAAGUGACCUGCUCCCGCUGUGGUAAGCGCUGCGCUGACGACCAAGACUACGCUAUCCACACUUGCCGUGCUCGAAGCCGCGUCAGCUCUUUCGGCACCUCUGCCCUCGGAAGUCCUAUUAAAGACACGCUGGCUCGCGUCAUCAACAAAGUUCAGCCUUUCCGUGCCUAA